CUGACCUGAAGUGCAGUUGCAGUAAGUAGGUAAGUAUUGCCGGAGUGGGAUAUUGUUACGUUUAGCGAAUUGAUGUCGCGAAACUAGAGGUCUAAAGACGCCGAAGACCGGUGAAAGACUUCAUUUACGUUUCAAAGGUGCUCGUUAUAGUGUCAAUUAUAUUGUUAUGAAGUGCGCGGGAUACUUUACAUUACACAUUUAAAAAGAGAAAGUUUGCCGAAGCGAAGCAAAACGGUAUCUGUACCAAAGUGAAAACCGUGGGUACUUUUUAUCUGUGAAAUGAUGUGAGAAUUUCAAAAUUAAUCGUCGUGAAAAUUAUGUGCUCGCGGUUUCGAAAUUAAGUGUAGUUGCAAGGCACGUCGCGUUAAAAACUGCUAAGUGACCUUUUGCGGUAACCUGGGGACAGUUAUGCGCAUGAAGCAACGUGAUGAAAUUUUAACGCGGUUUAGUGUGAUGUGAUUUACUAAUUUAGUAUUUGUUUUUAUUAAGCCAUUCAUAAUGACUAUUACAAUGGAACACAAGAACAAUAGGAAAUCUUCAUGGGAUUCGAAGAUGUCAAUCAGCACGGUCAACUCAACAACUCGUCAUUACAAAAGAUCUCCAAGCUCCAUUCUAUCUUCAGACUCGGACAUACGCUUCACCAGGAAUAAAUUAAGCUCACAGUAUAAAUGCGGAUGCUGUAUAAUCGCGUGCUUUCUAGGAUUACUCUUACUGGCCUCGGCCUCCGUUUACGUGGGGUACACAUUUUUCGCAUCGGAUCCACCGGAAGAGCAGAUCUACAGGGCGACGUUUAAAAUAAUCGACGGCGAUGUUUACUCGCCGGAAUUGGCGGAUCCUUCAACGGACAGCUUUAAAAUACGAUCGCGUGAUUACAAAGAGAGAUUAAAUCUACUAUUUAGAAGGAGCUCAAUUACACACGGUUUCGCCGGAACAGAAGUAUUGGCAUUAGACGGGACGGAGGGAAAGGAUUUGGUGGUCCAUUUUAAUAUUCACGUGGAUCCAAGUUACGUUUCGGUCGUGGCGAAGGAUUUGGAGGAAAUAUUGCACACUGAAAUCAAAUCGCCUUCUGCGUUUUUCCGUAAUUUAACCAUAGACUCUUCCACUGUCGAAGUUAAGGAGAGCCACGUUUUCCUUUUACCUACAACAUCUACCACGACAACAAGGUAUUUACCACAAGCGAUUACACAAAAACCCUUACCACCAAGAGUCUGUUCUUCUAUGGAAGUAUCCUACUGUUCCAACUUGAUGUACAAUGUAACAACGUACCCUAAUUUACUCGGGCAUAAGAACCACAAGGAUGUAACAGAAGAUAUGAUCGCAUUUAGAGAGUUGGUGGACGCGGAAUGUUACAGAAACGCGUACGAGUUUGUGUGCCAAGUUCUGCAACCCUCGUGUAACGAUGGCGAAAAGGAAGCGGAAAUGGUUUUACCUUGCAGAAGCUUUUGUCGCGAUUUUAUGUCGGGUUGUGGUAGUCGACUUCUUCCUAGGCUGAGGGACCUGCUCGCGUGCAACAAAUUUCCAGAGUUUGGCGAAAAAGCUUCGUGUACAACGAAACCAGAUUGUGUUAAAGAGUUGCAAUCUCGUGCACUUUCUCCACGAGUUUGCGACGGCGUCGUGGACUGUCAGGAUUUAUCCGACGAGAAAUCGUGCACCUACUGCCCUAAUGGUCACAUUCACUGCGGAAUCGGAUCGGUUUGCAUACCUCCAACGAAAAGGUGUGAUGGAAGAAUUGAUUGUCCUGACGGAAGCGACGAACGUGCUUGUCUUAACGUGGCCCCGAGUGUUUCAAAUGUAACGUUAACGCCGGUCGUGAGUCCACACCUUCUGCGCUAUUAUUCGAGCGGUUUUGUGAUAUUUAACGAAAAGGGCGAAGUUGGAAAGUUAUGCACUGAAAAUUUGAACUUAACGCUAUCGGUCAAUGAGACAACUGAAAUUCUGUAUACCGUUGCGACGUCUUUGUGCAAAACACUUUCGUACAAAAAGGUUACAUCGUUACAAGUCGAAAAGGAUGAAGAAAUCAAUAUUUCUUAUGUCGAAAUGAAAAAUCCUCUGCAAUCGGAAAUUGCAUUUGUACGGACACCUUGUAAGACGAGACAGGUCUUGAAAGUAAACUGCGCCGAGUUAGAAUGCGGAGUUCAAAGGACGCACCCGCCACAUUUACAACUAAGCCUAGGUAAAAUGGCCAAUCACGGCGAUUGGCCUUGGCACGUCGCCUUAUUUAAAGACGAAGUCCACAUGUGCGACGCGACUCUAUUGUCAUCCUCCUGGCUGGUGACCACAGCUUCGUGCUUUCAAGGGCAGCCCAAAGCGGAGUGGGUCGCACGUCUCGGAACCGUGAGGCUUUCCAGCGCAUCGCCCUGGCAACAAGAGAGGCGCAUCGUUGGUAUGGUGAAGUCUCCAGUCGAGGGUAGCACGAUUGCUAUGGUGAAGCUAGACGAGCCAGUUGCUAUGAGCGACUUCGUCUCGCCGAUUUGCCUGCCCAUUGAAAAAUCUGGAAUAUCGUCCCUUAAUAUGUCGCAAUGUAACACAUUGGGAUGGGCGCGAAAUCGCGACCAGCUGCAACGAAUGCAAAUCACGGCGACCAAAAUGGAGAAUUGUGAAAACAUAAGCAUAGCGACCGUCAACAGCCUUUGCACCGACACCAUUUACGGCCAAAACGAUUGCAACGAAGAAGAGUUUGCCGGCACCUCCAUGAUUUGCCAGCUGGCUGACAGUGACAAGUGGUUUUUGGCGGGCGUUUCCAACUGGAGGAUCGCCUGUUCCAAUGCGGGGGUAGAUCGACCCAGACUGUACGACAAAGUUACGUCCAACGUAGAUUGGAUACAAGAGACUAUUAGUGCCAUUUCGUAAUUCUGUUACCCUCUGUUAACUAGUGUUCGUUUAACGAGAUAAGACUGUUCUAAUGUAAAUACUAUUAUUACAAUAUUUUAAUUGA